GGCUACACCAGGAAACGGUCGAUACUUUAUGAACUUCUGGAUGUCUUGUAACCGUGCCUGCGACUGAGCCAAUUUAAAUAAGCCAAUAUUGAGCUGUUCGCCGAGGACCCAUAUCAUUUAGUAGAAUCUGUUUGAUAGAAUGCAAAUGCAAUCUAGAAGUGUUGUGAUUGGCGUUGCCUCACGAGGGCCAACUCGGACGCCGCUUGCAAGCAAUCGAAUGUUGUCUGUGCGGGUGUCCGCCGGCUUUGGCUUUGGGAAGAAAGGGGAGGCGAACAAAUCAAAGGACUGCCCGUGCGGCUCGGGCUCGGAGUACAAGGCGUGCUGCGAGCGCUACCACAAGAGCCUAACGAUACAAGCCCCAACAGCGGAGGCGGUCCUCCGAGCGCGGUUCGCCGCGUACGCCAAGAAAGAGUGGAAGUAUGUGGUGCGGUCGACGCACCCCGACAACCCCAACCAUAAGGGAACCGUGUCAGCGGACGGCAAGGUCCGCACCACCUUUGAGGAGGACGUCAAGGUGACCAUGUACAAUUUCGAGUUUGUGAAGCUGUCGGUGCUGGGCCAGGAGCCCGGCACCAAAGAGAAUGAAGUGGUCCUGGACUUCCAAAUAGACAUCAAACAGAAGCUGGACGACAAGGCGCGCAAGCUGGACAAGCCCAUCCCGCGCAGCAUCCGCGAGAAGGCGCUGUUCGUGCGCAGCGGUGACGGCGCCUGGGAGUUCCUGCGCGCCAUGGACAGCAACUGGGACCGCGACAAGCUGGAGUACCGCGAGCCUGCAGCCGCCGCGCACUGAUCGAUGGGCCGCCAGAUGGCCAGAUGUCAGGAGUCGGGUGUCGGGUGUCAGGUACAAGGCUGUAAGCGUGCAAGGUGCUAGCUGCAGGUUUGGUUGGGCCGAGUGUUGGAGGCAAGGUUUGUCCGGACCUCAUGGAGGCGGAGACAGGGCUUGCAUCUUCGGGGAGCGGCAAGAAACAGGCCCCGAUGCAGGCCCUCGGGCGAGAAAGAUUGGGCAUUUCUGGGGGAGUCCUGAGCAGUCCCGAGUAAUCUGCAAGGGCUUUGUGAGUUUUGGAUUAUCACAUCGUACAGACAUACACCUUUACUUGGCUGGGUGCACGCUUAGGUGAGGUGUGGCUGGCGGCGUGGCAAGCGCUGAGGGUAUGAUGAAUGCAGGACUCAGAUGCCUGCAUGCCUGCAUCUCGACUCUCGAGUCUGCCAGUACUUGUGCUGUUUGAGUUUAUCUCGAAAUUGAACGCCACCGGCUCAUCGCUGGACUCGCUGCCACGCUUUCAGCAAAAUGGCCCGGUUCCUGAUGCCAAUUGGCUGUGCAUCCCCGGGAGGUGCUCCGUGAGGCCGUGACCUGUCAUGCCGCGCGCAGCAGUGUCGCGUUGUAGCGUGGUA